AUGGUACGUUCACCAGAAGAGCGACGACAGUGGGAAAAGAUCGCUGCUUCAUUCAAUGACUCGCCAACGGUCACUUCCCGCACCGCCCCUGAGCUGAGGAAGGCUUGGGAGAACAUGAAGUAUCGGGCCAAGCAUGCUCUAGACAGGCAGUACCGCAUGAGGAGAGAUUCAGUGAGUCGAGAUUCUUCUCCUCCGAUGCAUCCUCCAAUGGAAGCCGAGGGAGACUCCCCAGUGGCUCUCCUCCCCAGCCAAUGCCUGGAGACUAUCAUGCUACAUGAGAACCAGGAACACCAUGUCAAGAUGGAACCAGAUAGCGGAGAGGAAUAUUACGACCACGAAGGUGUGGCAGAACCACUGGCAUCGAUAGCUUCCAUGUCAGUGCCACCGAUGAUGCUGCCAGUCACCCCUCCAACCAGGGCCACCUCUCCAACCCCUUCUUCAGGUCCAGAGAACGGCCACAUCCAAACCAAACACGGCAGAGGUCACAAGAGAGGGACUUAUAACAUUCUCUGUGACCACGACAUAGUGCUCGUCAGGAAGCAGAGAGAGCUAAUGGACCUGCAGCUGGAAGUGUAUAAUCUCAAGAAAAUGGUUGAGCUGAAUAAACUACAGCACAUGCAGAAAACUUACGAGAUGGACCUGAAACACAAAGAAGAAGAACACAACUUGAAAAUGUGUUUGAUGAGGAGAGCGAUGGACAAGUGAACACUGGUGCUCGCUGCUAGUGCAGAUAACGCCACAAUUAACUAGGAUUAUAAGCAUCUGUAUUGUAUCAAGUGACCUCUGAUUAUACAGCACCUCUUUUCAGUGUUCUGCAUUUUCAUUGGCUUCAGAUUGAGCCAUUGUUCAUUAUGUUCCAUCUGCCGAUGAUAGUCACCGGUGGGUGGAACAAUGGUUCAGUUGAAGGCCAACCAAAACGUGGAACACAAAAUAUGCGUUGUAUAUGGGGGGCCCUUGAUUUUGGCAACCCUUGAUCACCAAAAUGCAUUAGUUCCACAUUUUUCCACAAAUAUAUAGUUAAAUAGAUUUACAUUAGCUAUAAUUUAUUUUGAAACGGAAGGCAUUAUUGCUUAUUAAUUUUACUAGUAUUGAUUUCAGACAUGAUAUUUGUAUUUAAAUUAAAAGAUGUAAUAGUUUUUAUAGUAUAUGACAACAAUUUUGAUAUAUAAGAUUUAUAAGAGCCACUUUGUUAAGAUAUGAGAAAGUAUACAUGAAGACAAUACACAAGUCAAAAAUACUGUGGCUGGAAUAUUUCACCGAACACCAACACUUGGGUGAGGAUCUUGUGAUGAUGAUGUAACGCCCUAGUGUGACUUGAUAUUUCAUUAUAAGGUUCCUUUCCUAAGUGCAGGUUUUUGGUGAACGAUGUAUGAAUGGUAUACAGUACGGGCAAGAUAAAGAAUUAGACGUGUGCAACAUCUGGGUAUCUUUAAUUUGUAAACGUUUUGACAUCCAGUGGCUUUAUCAAUACAAGGACAUAAUGUGAAGACUGUACCCCUCAAGGAAGGUUCCUUGACGUUGGUGAGGGGCUUUUGAUCUAGGGCAUUGGACCAGUGCUCCAGUUCCCUGAAUUAAGCCUGGAUACUUUCCACAUCCCCCCCCCCACAGCUGCUGCAUAAUGCUACGGAUUUAGCAUUCCCCUUUGAUUAUAAUAAUAUUGUGAAGACUAGAAGUACAGUGGACCCCCGCAUAACGAUUACCUCCAAAUGCGACCAAUUAUGUAAGUGUAUUUAUGUAAGUGCAUUUGUACGUGUAUGUUUGGGGGUCUGUAAUGGACUAAUCUAAUUCACAAUAUUCCUUAUGGGAACAAAUUCGGUCAGUACUGGCACCUGAACAUACUACUGGAAUGAAAAAAGUUCGUUAACCGGGGUCCACUGUAUAUACUUAAGACAGGGUAAUCAGUCUCUCAGCCUUGGAGGUGAAGAGCACUGUAAUCUUCAGAUCUACAAAGCACAGGCAGGAAACCAUACCAUGGGCGGGAUUUGAACCCGCGGUCAGAGAGUCUCAAAACUCCAGACCGUCGCAUUAGCCACUGGACCAGCUAGCCACAAUAAGAUUCGUCCAACUAGGUAUAUUUCUACAACAUAGGAAGGUUAGCAUAGGCACCACUGUGACUACAAAUGCAAGUUUUUACAGACGAAUCUCCAGCUAGCGUGGCCGUGACGAACUCUAGCUCAAGUCCCCUCUCUGACCGCGGGUUCAAAUCCCACCCGUGGUAUGGUUUGUUUACAAUCGUGUCAUUAUGAUUUCGUGAGUCACAGGCAGGAAGACUGCUACUUGAACAAUUAAAUUCUUCAAGACCACAAUGCUCAUCACUUCUAGGGCUGAGGGACUGAUUACCUCAUCUUUUAUAUAUAUAGUGGACCCCCGGUUUACGAUCAGCUCCCAAUGUGACCAAUUAUGUAAGUGUAUUUAUGUAAGUGCAUUUGUAUGUGUAUGUUUGGGGGUCUGAAAUGGACUAAUCUACUUCACAAUAUUCCUUAUGGGAACAAAUUCGGUCAGUACUGGCACCUGAACAUACUUCUGGAAUGAAAUAAUAUCGUAAACCGGGGGUCCACUGUACUUCUACAGUCUUCAUAUUAUGUCCUUGUAUUGAUAAAACCACUGGAUGGUGAAAAAUCUACAAAAUUAAAAAUACUCAGCUGUUGCACAUAUGUCUAAUUCAUUUUGUUGGUCUUGUAUAGAGGUGUUUAUCAGAUGUUGUAGAUUCUUGACUCUGUGAGGUGCUAGACGUUAAUAUUUAUUUGCAGUUACUCCUGCUAAAUACAUUUUUCAUUUUAAGAAGUGAAGGAGAUUUGAAUCUGCUGUUGUGCAUUCCUACAUUUACCCCCCCCCCCCCCGUAU